ACAAUCUUUCCGGCAUCACGUAAGCGCAUUUGCAUGCAACGCUUCAAAGUUCCGAGACGCGGACAUAAUUUGCAGCAGAAAGUUGAAUUAUUCUAAAUUCAUACUGCUGAAUACGACUAAUGUAAGCAGAUCCAUCAAAAUGUCGUCCAUCAGUGACAACCAAUAUGUCAUCUCCACACUGGUGGAACUCCUCCCGAAUAACGACCCUGCUGCUCUACCCCCAUUCCGUCUUUGUGAAGCAACGCUUGCAGAUUUGGAGCAGUCCACCUCAGGACACGACAUCGUCCUAGUCUCGGAGAUCGUAUUUCCCGACGAUCCAGAAUCCUCCAUGCUCCACGAAAUUCUCAACGAAGAUGUCGAGAUGACCGAUUCACUUAUUCUUGCACAAGAUGCCAUGACCUCGCCUGGAAGCAUAACUGCAUUACGACUGCCAACUACCGAUCAAGAAGAUGGAAAAGUUGCACAAGUAGUUCUUUUAACGGUUUUAUGCACUGGACGCCCAGAAGUGGAUACAAUACUGCUUGGGUUCUGCUUCUUUAUUUCACAUCAUGUCGUAAUUUCCGAGCGUAUCCCACUCUCUCGUCAUGCAUCAAUAUUCAUGCAAGCUUUACAAGUAGAGGAUGAUAACAUGGCAAGUUAUUCCUCGAUUGUGGAGAAGCCGUGUAGUCCGGCACAUCUUAAAAUCGUAAAAUCCUCCAACCCGGAAGUCCCAUUGUCUGAAGAGGAAUUGCAAAAAUUGGAAAAUUUCUUUGCCAGCGUUCAAUUCUUGGAAGUACCAAAUCCUCCGGAUAAAUUGUUGUCAGAUAUCGGAUUGCGCCACAGAAUUGCAAAUUCCGAAAAUGUCGUGCGUCCCAUUCUCACGAAAUAUCAAAUUUCCCAAUCACGAUUUAAUACGAUUAAAACAUAUUUUACGAAUGCACGCUUAAAUUCUACUCCCGAAAACUUGAUAUAUUCUGCAUCAUCUGCUAAAGAAGUACUUGCGCAUCUCGCAGUUCAGCAUAACGCCUUUCUUGGGCAGAUAUUUGAAGCCAGCAUAAUAAAAGGUGGGGUUGAACAAUGUCAUAAAACUCUGAUGGAUGAACUGCUCGUCGUUUUCAACCAUGUUGUCCAAGUCGGAACCCCGUCUCAUAUUUUAUCGGCCAGAGAUGAACUCAUAUUUACGAUAAAAACUCGCUUCGCUGACGGAAACGACCAACAUCAGAUCAAGAGAUCGCUAGCAAGCAGUUUAAUUCAGACGAGCUGCUCCAAUUACGAGGAUAACAUGACAGAAGAACUUUCCCCGUCGCUCUUCACUUUGCCAGAAGUACUGCUCGGUGCUAGUACCAUGUACAAACCUAAUACGAUUUCUACAUUUAAACUGACCCAUGCAUCAAAAUUUAGCGAUAAAGAGCUCCAAAUUCUACUCUCUGAAUUAUCCUCGGAGCUCGACACCAGGGAAAAAAUAAUCCUGGACAACAACGAAAAACUGUAUAACGCUGCUCUUUCACAAUCAAACGAAACGGUAAAGUUCUCCUCGCAAGCGUACUCCACACGAUUAACCAGCAGCAUCUGGCAGCCCGGCCAGAAGUCCAUUCCUGAAGAUAUGGACACAAAAAUAGAAGAAAUUAAUAAAGAGAUCAUUAACCGAUUUGAAAAAAUGAACAUUUCUGGACCUCCGCAAUUUAAAAAGAAUGUUACCAAAGCUUUGGAACUUGAAAUGUACGACGUUUUUACAGCCUGGCACACGAGUUAUAAACAAUUUAUUUCCUCCAUGCAGAAAGAGAGGUGCGCAGAGAAUGAGAAACUGUACGACGCCACAACCGCGGAAGUCCUGACUAUUGCUGCAACGCUUAAAAAUAUCAACGACAUCUACGCCUCCCAGGAAGAGCUGGUUUCCCGGUAUGAAACCGAGUAUCGAAACAUUUCUAAAGAAAAAUCUUUAAUGCCGCACGAGGAUAAAAUUGAGCUCGAGACGAAUUUCAUUUAUGAGCUGAAGAACAGAUUUCUCUCCGCUGCGACGGAAGCAAUUAAAAUUAGGGGAGAACAAGACAAGCUCAUCAAAACAGCGUUGAAAACUGGCUUCAAGCUUUACGUCGACCAACUGAAGUCUGCAGUGACACGGGAAGAUUACAUUCUAAAUCAGGAAGCACUACAAGACGCUAAUGAGACUUGUAUGCGAAACGUAAUUGACCAUCUUUUAAAUAAAACUGGUCCCAUUCGACAUCCAUGCAUGAAAGAACUCAUGACCCAAUUGAAAGCUAAAAUUGAAAAAUUUCUCUGCCAACGGGAUACUGAUUUGCGAAAAGAAUUGCAAGAUUUCAAUAAAGCGAUGGGGAUCGCGGAGGAUAAAAUCAUUGCAGAUGUUCAAACCAUUCUUUUCUCGAGGAUGGACACUUGUACCACAAUGUUAGAAUUUGAAAGUUUAAUUGAAACGCAAAUGCGACUUGGAAAAGAAAAAGUGAGACAAGGAAUGGGAGGAAUAAAUGAAAAACUGGUGACCUUGAGACUUGGUCAUUUUGAACAAUCCUACAAAUUGAUGACUACGGAUGUCAAGGAUGGGUUUGAAAUCUUGCUGGAAACAAGAGCAAAAGAAACUGAGACAGCGAUUCGAGAUGCGCGAGCUAUUUACGAUACAGAACUUAAAAAAUACGCACACAAUUUAAAAUUUCAACGAAGGGAGGAUCUCAUUGAUGCAAAUGAGAAAAUUAAAACACUGAUCCUUCGAAGGUUGGCAUCCAGCAGCAAGAAACUCCUCCCCGUCCAGCUUAACGAGGUAAAAUUUGCCCUUGACCUGACCUUCAAAUCGCACAAGAAAGAGUUUGACAAAAACUUUGCGACUGAUUUAUCCCUUGGAAUCGACCUUGGCACAACGUACACCUGCGUCGCUGUUUAUCAAGGUGGUGAAGUUAAAAUCAUUCCAAGCCCCGUGGGACCUUCAAUUAUUCCAAGCUGUGUGAGAAUGAAGGAUGACGGAUCAGCCGAAAAAGUGGGAGUCGAGGCAAAAGAAACAGCGUUUGAAUACGUGGAAAAUACUGUGUUCGAUGCUAAACGAAUACUCGGGCGGAAAUUUAAUGACCAUCGUACCCAAAGGGCUAUAAAAUCAAGUCACAUAAACAUCGUGAACCAAGGUGGAGCCCCAAAAUUUACGAUUGGUUCUAAUUUGAUCUCGCCAGAACAAAUAUCUGCCGAGGUUUUGUCAGAGAUGAGACGCAUGGCAGAGGAGCAUUUAGGAAUGCAAGUGACGAAAGCCGUAAUCACGGUGCCUGCAUACUUUGGAGACACUCAACGCCAGGCCACGAUCGACGCUGCGAGAUGUGCAGGUUUAGACGUCCUGGCGGUACUUCCUGAACCCAUCGCUGCUUCGGUCGCAUUCCGCCUUGAUGAGUGUGAGAAGCCUUUACGACACGUAUUCAUCUACGACCUGGGUGGUGGCACUUUUGACGUAUCGCUGCUGAAAAUCACCAACGGGGAAAUUGAGACGCUCGCCCUCGGAGGUGAUUCGUACCUUGGUGGACGCGACUUUGAUCAAAACAUGAUGAAAUAUUGCGUCGAAGAAUUUAAGAAGAAGAGCGGCAUUGACUUGAUGAAGGGGAUCGAUGCUACAAGUGCUUUGGAGAGACGAAGUGUCAAACGCAGGCUGCAACGCAUACAAUCAGUCUGUGAGACGAAAAAACUGCAUCUUUCAGCUCUCACGUGUGACAUGGUGAAUAUUGACGUCCCCUUCCUAAUACAAGAUAAAAAUGAAAUGCUGCAUCUUAAUGUUGAAAUCACUCGUGAAAAAUUCAACCAACUUAAUCAAUCCCUAUUCGAUGAGACGAUAACCAUUGUGGACGACUGCAUAAAAAGUCACAACUUUGUGAAGCAUUUGAUUGACGACAUUGUACUUGUUGGUGGAUCCACAAAAAUUCCAAAGAUUAGAGAAAUGUUGUCUGCCUAUUUUGACGGGGCUACUUUGAGCCAUAAUGUUAACCCUGACGAGGCCGUGGCUCAUGGUGCGGCCAUCCAUGCAGCAAUUUUGAAUGGUCAGGUGACACAAGGAGAGAAAAUGUAUACGCGAAUUCAGGACAUUACGCCGAUAUCGAUUGGAGUCGAAACUCGUGGGAAGAAAUUUUCAAGAAUUAUACCAAAACAUACAAAAGUCCCGACGAAAUUGACACAAGUGUAUGUUACGACCCAACACAAUCAAACCUCCGUGACCAUUAAUGCAUAUCAAGGAGAGAAUUCAGAUACAGAGAAGAAUUCGUUCCUGGGCACGUUUAACUUGUCUGGCAUUCCACCCAGACCGGUAGGAAAGGAAAGGAUCAACGUUACAAUGGAAAUAUGUGCGAAUGGAGUGUUAAAUGUCCUCGCAGUCUGUGAAAGUACCGGUGAAGCUGGAACUAUAAAAAUCACGGCGGAUAAGCUACUACUCACUGAGGGACAGAUCAAAGACGUUGCUUCCGUGGUAGGAAGUCGGUUUGGGGGAUCACGGAUGAAGCGUGACUUAAGAUUAUCGUCAGCACUAUUAGCGUAACUCUGGAUGAUGUUAAAUGCAGAAGCUACAUAAAUUUGAUACACAUUAAUUAUUCAAUAAUUGUAAAUUCAUACAUUUAUUAUUUGUUAAUUAAAUUCGUACUACAAGAUA